AUGGCCGAGCCGAAAAGAUUUUCUGAGCGGCAACAAAGCCCCGUAAGAAGGCAAUUGCUGAUCCUGGAGAUCAGACGUAAAAAGUCCAAAUGUCCAGGCGAAAGACCCGAGUGCUCAAUUUGUAGCCGACUACAGCAGACCUGUUCGUAUGAAGUUUUCGAGCCUGAAGCUCGUAAACGAAAGAGGUCCCCUGAGCCCAUACGUGAUGCGCAAGGGGACGUGUCGAAGAGGUUCGGGACGAUCGAGCAGAAGCUGGAAGAGCUUGCGGCUUCCAUGAAAAAAGCCGCUCCAGUCUCACAUAUUAGCCCAAAUCACGUAACCGAGGACAGCAGAGGAUAUCAGCAACAACAAUCACCUCUUCAAGGUUUCCACUCCUCGGUGGCACGUGUUGCGAGCUUAAAUUCCGCAAUCGAAGGGCUCCCUCCCGAUGUCGUAGAAGAUGGUGUCAAGACUUACUUUAUGGCUUUCCAUGCACAACCUUACAACUUGAUGUGCCAGAGGGAGUCGCUUCGGCCGGGCCAUGUCAUAGAUCCUGUCGUUCUGGAUUCCAUGCUUGCUCUGAGUAUUCGCUGCUCUUCUCAUCCCUUCUGGUCAGAUCAGUCGAAACUCAAUGAUUGUAUUCGCGCCCUGACUGAUGAUUCAUGGAAAAAGCUCGUCAAUCUGUAUAGCCGAGGGGAUACAAGUCUGCCUUAUUUACAGGGACUUUGCCUUCUGGCGCAGGUCGACUUUGCUGACGGGAGAGUACAGAGAGCUCACACCCAAAUAUCUCUCGGCGUCAGAAUUGCUCAGUCCCUAGGUUAUCUUACAGAACCCGCACGUCUCGAGGAAAGGAGUGAGGAAAUUGUCCGGUGUACUUGGACUUUGUUCAUGCUUGACCGGACGUUCAGCAUCACUCGUCUUGUCUCGCCUUCACUCCCUUACCAGGAAUUCAGGCUUCCCAAACCACACUGGGAGGGUGCACUUUCGUUGAAUCCGAUGUACCAUAAUCUCAGCACUGAGACCUCCUUGGGAAGCGGCCAAGACCUUUCGGCUCUGCUAGUUGGUGUCUACGCCAUUUGGGACGAUGUUAUCCGAUAUGUUUUCGCGACAACAAGCAAUAGCACAACUCCUCCUUGGCAACCUGGCUCUGAGCUUGCUACGAUCGAAUACAGAUUUGCCGAUUUUGAACCAGACUUCUCCACGCAUCGAUACCGAGAGGUUGACUUUCCUCGACGAGCUAUACAGGAGCCACACUUGCGACCAUACUUCGCGUCCUGGCUCUGCUUUCAACUGACUUAUAUGCAUCACCCAUUCAUCAUGUUUAUCAAAUUACAACACGUUAUACGGAAGGUACCACCCAGUUUCCUUCAGAAAUCAUACAAAAGCUCUCUCAUUCACUCCCGCUGGAUCAUCCGAUUUCUCAACGAGAUGGACGAAGCUGGAAUGAUGCUUCAUGACCCAUUUGUUGGGUAUCUUGCGGCGAUAGCUGCAACAAUCCAGCUCGAGCAUACGUUGAGCAAGCAUUCGGACGUUGCAGCAGCGGCCAGACUUAGUUUUGCGAGUGCUGUACGGUAUCUUAAGAAGCUAUCGAAGUAUUGGACAAGUAUCCAGGAAUUGGAUGACUACGACGGUAUCUUGCCAGCAGUCGAGAGCGAAAGGGUUGGGCUUGCGGGAGAUGAUGCUGAACUCAUGUGGAAAGUAUUUGACUACGCCUCGAUGUCAGCAUUGAGCGGAAAACGGCCAAGAAACAACCCAGAGGGAGCAAACAAGACCAAACAAGGCUCCGAUGGGGUUCUCGUGGCCCAGCCAGAACGCCAGGUAGGGAAUCCGAAUGUUUUUGCUAGCGUGCAGCCGUCCGGGGUAUGUUUAACUGGUGGCAAUGCCGCCCCGGCCCCCAAGGACUUCCCCAAUAUGCAGGCGCCGGAAGGCAUGCUCGAACAACCAAACUUAUUGCCGUUUGAGGAGCUUCCGGAAGAUUGGGCAUUUACCAUUGAUGACUGGACAUUAUUUGGUGCACCAGGCUCAACAUAUUUUUAA